UUUGACUGUCAGAUGGUAGAGGGAAAUUUUUAGAAGUGGGGAGUUUUUGUGGGUUUUUACUUUUUGCCUUUUUUCUUGGCUUCCUGUGAAUAUUAACAAAAGGAUAUUAAAAUUCAUCACGUGGAUAGACUGGGAGUGAAUAGGAAUAGAAAUACAGCUAGGAAAAGUAUCCUAGAAGGCAGAGUUUCAUUGAGUGUUUUCCCGCCUUAAAUGUGGCUUGUGUUUUCAACGUAAAAGAGAACCUGAAAAAUGUUUGAUCUGGAAAAGGAGCUACCCAAUUACGUGUCUGAAGCUGUGGAUGCUGUGGAGUUCAAGCUAGUGAGGGAUGUUUCAGACUUGGAAGAUGACAGGACAACCUUCCAUCCUGUUAUGGCCCAUCAGAUUUUCGGGGAAAAUGAGAAGAUAUUCGGCUACAAGGAUUUAAAGGUGAAGCUGUACUACACAGCUGGGCCACUGAACAUCUUCCUCAGCAUCGAUUACAGCCAUAAGCUUUCCUUUGAGGAGCACAAUAUCACUCCCGACGACAUAACCUCUCUCAUCUCCGAGAAACUCCCUGCCGGAUGCUACUACACCAACAUCGAUGAGUUCUGCAAUGUGGUACGCAAAGCAGAUGCCUUCCAGCCCUUCGGAGACAAAAUUGUCCAAUUUGAUGUGCAGACAGGAGAUUCCGGGAAUGAAAGACACUUUGAGAUUUACUUCUGUGACCCUACAACUCCAAAAUUUUUCUCCUACCAUGCUCGUUUUGAAUCUUUUAUCAUGUGGUACAUCGAUGCUGCCAGCUACAUUGAACAGGAUGAUCACCGAUGGCUCUUCUUUUUCUGCUACGAGAAGUACGUGAAUAAGGACGGAAAGACUUGCUAUGCUUCUGCCGGAUAUGGAACUGUCUACCAAUACUACGCCUAUCCAGAGCACGUGCGCCCUCGUAUCAGCCAGCUUAUCGUCCUGCCUCCGUUCCAGAAAUUGGGCAUCGGCUCCAGGCUCAUCAGAACCAUCUACGAUCACUUUGAAUCCAACAAAAAAGUCCUCGAUAUUACCGUUGAGGAUCCCUCGGAAGACUUCCAAAGCAUCCGGAACUACAUCGAUGCAAAGCUCUGCAAGGAUCUCCCGGCAUUCCAGCCGGAAAAGCUCCGUGGUGGUUUCUGCAAGGAAAUGGUGACUGAGGCAAAAGCCAAGGCCAAGAUCAAUCCUCUUCAGUGUCGGCGCAUUUAUGAGAUCCUCAGACUGUUUCACACAAAUACCAACAAUGACGAAGAGUAUCGCCUGUAUCGGCUGGAUGUGAAGAAGCGCCUCAAUAUGAUGUACAUCGUGCAUAAGAGGAACAUCGAGAAGGCCGAGAAGAGGGGAAUGGAUGUAACUGCUGCAAAACUGGGCAUGACUCCGCUCACCGAAAGGCUGGAACAGCUCCAGGAGGAAUACAAUAUGUUAGAACAUGAGUAUCACCGUGUCAUUAAGAAGCUGAAGGAGCUGAAUUGAGGAUCCAUUUGUCCAAUAUUUUCUCAAAUAAAAAGAUUUUUCUGUUUUCAUUUUAAUUUAA